AUGUCUACAGCUACAAAACCCACCAUCGUCAUCGUCCAGGGCUCCUUUCAAACCCCCUUGUUCUACGGGGCGUUAUUGACGGGUCUUUUGGACGCGGGUUACCCCGUCAUCCACCCCCGACUCCCAUCCUGCACCAACGUCGACGACGCCGACUUCCCUACCCGCACGCUGACGGACGAUUCCCUCGCCGUGACCGUCGCCAUCCAACGACUGGUCGAGGCGGAGGGCAAGACGGUCGUCGUGGUCAUGCACUCGUAUGGUGGGCUGGUGGGCAGCAACGCCAUCCCGGAGGAGCUCAGCUACUCGUAUCGCCAGUCGCGGGGGUUUGCCGGUGGCGUGAUCCAUCUCUUUUAUUUCUGCGCCUUUAUCCUGGGCAAGGGGCAGUCGGUGCUGGGGGUUUUUGGCGAGUCGCCAAAUAACGACGUGAGGCCAGAUGGACGCUUCUGCAUCCGCAACGGAGCCAAGAUCCUCUUCAACGACCUUCCAGACUCGGAGGCCGCUCUGUGGGAGUCGCGAUUGAUCCCGCAGUCGUACAAGGUCCAGACGACCCCUCUCACGCGGGCGGCAUACGAGUACAUUCCCUCGACAUAUCUCAUCACGGAGAACGACCGAGCCGUGCCCGUCCGUUUCCAGGAGAUGUUCGCUGCCACCAUCAAGGCGCAGGUGGUCCGGUGCAGCUCCGGCCACUCACCCAUGUUGAGCCAGCCCGCUGUCCUGGUCGAAAAGAUCACGGCGGCGGUGGAGGGUGCUUUACGACGGGCUGGGCCCGGGUUCCAUAGUCUCUGCAACAAGAGAAGCAAUCCGAGAUAG